AUGGCGGCUGCCCACAUGCAGCAAAGACCAUACCAACAACCAGUCUACCAUACUCCACAAUCCAAUUCUCCAGCAUCAGUCGCGUCAUCACAAAGUCAUGAUCAGCAUGGACGUAUGUACGCCCAAGCCCCCGCGCAGAUGCAACAGGUGUACGGCUACCCUCAAUAUCAAGUGCAACCGUCUUCAUACCCGCAACACCCCGGGCAGCAACAACAGCAGCAACAUCACAUGAUGGCCUCUCAACCUCUUCUUCCACAUCAACAAGCCCAGGCUCCCAUGGCGCACCAACCCUCCGCUCAGCAACCAGGGAUAACGAACAGUCCCCGACCUCAAACAAAACUCGAGCCUGGUAUACCGAGGCAGAUGGAUCCGGCCAGCCUGCAGAGAUCUCCAACCGGGCCGAUGGCCUCCAAUCACAAUGCGCCUACGGGCCCGUCUCAGAACGGAAAUGGAUUGCAUCCAGGUCAAAGUGGAGGAGGAGGGGAGUAA